UCUAGUUUCUUUUUUUUCAUCCCAUGCGAUGUAUCUAGCUAAGUGUUCCACCUAAUUACAUUUAUAAAAGUUUAAUAAGGUAGUUUGCAUACUAUGUAGCAUGCUGUAAAGAAGAUUUAUAUUUUAUCAACACUUUAAUUUUUAUUUAUAAUAUAGAUACACCUAGAAAACAUCUGAUUAGGUGGAACACCAUUAGAUAACAAAUGAAAAUUGGUCAAAUGCAAUCCAGCAGAUCGAUGUGUCUGGAUAAUAACAUCAUAAUGUGAAUAGCUUUCUGUCGGCAUCUGAAGAUGGUAUUGGUAGGUACGUUGUAUAAGUGUAAUACGUAAAUAUAUUUCAUUAACAGACAGCUCAUAAUAAGUACCAACACAUGCAUGCCACAAGCAUCAUAUGUUUUAUAAUUUUUUUUUCUGACGUCCUCAAAAAUCUUUGCAGGUAGAAUUGAGACCCAAAAAAACUCAUCUAAUCAAUUACUGAAUUUAGAAAAGAAUGUUAUGACAAAAACGAUAGAAAUUAAAAGAUGUUCAAAAAACCGAUAGAAGACUAUUAGGCGUCAAUGUUUAUAUAUAUGACGUUUAGAUGCUGUCUAAUUGUUAGAACAUGGAAAUACUAUGAAAUUAUAUUAAGGAUUAAAAUCAGUAGAUCCAAGAUUAGCCUCAGUCUAUUAAGCUAUUACAUCUUAUGUUGGUAAGAAAUCAACACUUGCUUGACUAUUAUAAAAUGUUCCUUUUCUGUCGUUAUUAACAAAAAAAAUAAGGAUCAAACUUUUUACAAAAACACAUGCAUGCGAGGAUGCUACUGGUUCAAUCACAGCCCCAUUAGAUUCUCUUUUAUUUGUCUCCUUCUCUAUCCUUCAAGGGUACACCUCUCUCUCUCUCUCUCUCUCUCUCUCUCCUUAAAGCCCACCACCUUUACGUAUCUCUCUGUUUCUCUGUUACUCUAUAUAUAUCUACUCUAUAUACAAACACAGAAACACAUCUCAGGACUCGAAAUAAGAAGUUAGAAAACGACAAAGACCGAUCUAUCUCAGAGCAAUACACAAGACAUGAUUCAGAUAAGAAGAAAUGCAUUGAUCAAAAGAUUAUUGUACGUGGGCACAAACUCUGUCAUCAAGGGAAUCUCCUCUUCUGCAUCAUCUCAUUCAAGUUCAAGGAAGCUAGAAGGCAAAGUAGCUCUCAUCACAGGAGGAGCAAGUGGGAUUGGCAAAGCAACAGCCGAAAAAUUCAUCAGCCAUGGAGCUAAAGUUGUCAUUGCAGACAUCCAACCGCAGAUCGGUAAAGAAACCGAGCAAGAACUCGGUCCAAACGCAGCGUUUUGUCUCUGCGACGUGACCAAAGAAUCAGACAUUGCAAACGCGGUUGAUUUCGCUGUCUCUCUACACACAAAGCUUGACAUUAUGUACAACAAUGCUGGUAUCCCUUGCAAAACGGCUCCUAGUAUCGUCGAUCUUGAUCUCAAUGUUUUCGACAAGGUACUGAUUCUACUAGGACAUGGGUCUAGGGACAGUUUGUCAGGUUAUGUUAUAAUGUUUUUGCAGGUCAUUUACACAAAUGUUCGUGGAGUCAUAGCGGGAAUCAAACACGCAGCUCGCGUGAUGAUCCCACGCAACUCAGGAUCCAUCAUUUGCGCAGGGAGCGUCACUGGUAUGAUGGGAGGCUUAUCACAACACACUUACAGCGUCUCGAAAUCAGCAGUCAUCGGUAUAGUUAGAUCAACAGCUUCAGAGCUAUGCAGGCACAGGAUCAGAGUCAACUGCAUUUCACCAUUCGCAAUCACGACAUCGUUCGUGCUGGACGAGAUGCGGCAGAUGUACCCCAGCCUCGACGACUCGAGGCUGGUCCAGAUAGUGCACAGCACAGGAGUGUUGAACGGAGAGGUUUGCGAACCGGUGGAUGUAGCUAAUGCAGCGGUUUACUUAGCAUCAGAUGAUUCGAAGUAUGUAAAUGGGCAUAACCUGGUGGUAGAUGGAGGAUUCACAACUGUAAAGAGUUUAGAUUUUCCUGCACCUGAUCAAGUUUAAUAAUAUUCGUAACUCUUUUACAAAACAA